CGCCAGCUCUCGCUAUGUAUUGGAGGCACAUUUUCACACGCAUGUCAAACUAAAAAAUCUCUGGAAAGAUCUUUGGUUUCUAGAUAUGCAUAUAUAAUAGCUCUGAACUACAGAUACCAAGGCGAGCUAUCACAGCCUCGCAGACUCUCGGAUCGUCGCCAUCCUCAGUAUGCCUCUCUCGCUCACUGCUGAAUCUUUCAGCCUGGGAGCGCCAUCGCGCACAUGUGUGUGUACUCUCGUCAGCUCAGCACACACUGCCUGGUGCAUUUGCGCAACUCUCAGGAUCGAACGAGCACCCACCAGUACCAACGACCGAGCUCAAUGCUCGACGGCCUUUCCCGUUCGUCGUCCACACCACAUGGUCCAUCUUCCAUGCUGCUUGCGCACAGCUCGUUCUAGUCGGAUUAUUCAACCUCAACCCCCACGGCUGCGACGAGUUCAAGUUCUACCCAACCAUCAGCAACAAGGGCCUUAUUCCCGACUGUAGCGACUUCGCUCGCUAGUUCGGCAGCCUCCUCUGAAGUGGGCCGAAUCAGCUUCAUGCAGCAAACAGGCAGCCUCCGUCACGGGCGUCAGACGUUGUACUUUCAUAUCACCUACCAUGGUGAUCA